AAGCACGAUUCUUUUAUCUAUAAAUCAGAGGUUUAGGUACUGUAUUUUCUGCACAUAAGAACUGAUAAGAAGCUAGCUACAGAUUUCCGAAGAUAGCCAGCCUAUCAUAUCGGUCGUCGUCGUUCGAGCAUGACCACCGCAGUUGUUCCCAGUUCAAUCGUCAAUGAAUUUCUUAACAAGCAAAAUUACGAAGAUUGGAGCCUUCGCGUCGAAACAUAUUUGGUAGCUAAAGGUCUUUGGAAGGUUGUAGAGGAAGCCACUGAGCCUCCGCCUAAACCCAAGGAGAAACACGAGAAUUGGGAAAAGAGCAACGCCGAGGCUCUGCAUGCAAUUCAUCUCUGCUGCGGAAAUGAUGCCUUUCAAGUUAUUAGAGGGAUAAAGUUAGCGCACAAAGCCUGGAAUGCUUUAAGAGACGGCUAUCGAUCGCGAUAUCGAGCAGAGGAUGCUGAGACAGAUAAAAAUCCGGAAAAUGAAACGGUUGAAGGCGGACUUCAAAGCGAUGAUGCUCAGCCAGAGGAAGACAAAGCUGAGGACGAGAUAGAGGAAGAAGUGGAUCAAGGUGAUGGACAUGGAGAUGGGAACAUUUCCAACGAAGAAACCAACUAUAAGCUUUUCUUUCAUUUCGCGAAACGUAAAGACUGGAAUAAUGUAAUGAGCUUUCUUAAGAAACACCCCAGGGCAAUAAGGGUUCAAGCUCCAUUGGACGGUAACAAGACAGUUGUCCAUUAUGCAGUCGAAGCACAGCAGGUGGUUGUUGUUAAGAACUUGUUGCCGUUUAUCACUAGGGCUUCAGAUUUGGAGAUAACAGACGAUGAAUGGUGUUCCCCACUUGAUUAUUGUUACGUAUUGCCGGAAAAAGAUGGAGCGGCCGCCGUCGAGAUAACUAAAUGCUUACUUAAAAAGAAGGAGGAGCUGUGUGGGAAAGUUGAUUAUCCCUCCCUACUUGUGCGGGCAUAUACUCAUCAUAGACCCAAAGUGACUAAUUAUCUCUAUGAGGUCAUUCCACCCAAAACUGAGGAUCCCCAUUUCGCUCAACUGAUUUCCCUCAGUUUUAGCACCAAGAGAUUUGAUAUCGCAUGCAACCUAAUCCAGCGAUACCCGAGCUUGGCUAUUGCUAAAGACUUAUCUGACAAUUCCCCUUUGAACGAACUGGCAUCUACACCUUCUGCAUUUUUAAGUGGAAGCCGGCUCAAAUUUUGGGAAAAUUUGAUAUAUCAUGUUAUAUCCAUAAAACCUAUUCCCACGAGAGACGUUCCAACACAAGUACAUGGCAAAGGAAAACAUAGUGAUGCAGUCCAUGCAAUUUCCAUAGAUGAACCAACAGAAGAAUAUGGCAAGGGAAAUCCUGCUCCUACACCCUAUGGCAAGCAGAGUGGUCAUAUGCGCUCAGUUACGGCUUUAUUUCGAGGACUAACAAUCGAAAAUAUCUGCAAGAUUUUUGUGUCAACCCUAGGGCUCAGUCAUAUCUAUGAAAUGAAAUUGAGCCAUGUCCGCAGUGCUGAAAUGUUAGGCUGGAUGUGUGAAGUACUGACGGUAGAAAAGAUGAAAGAAUAUGAGGACACAAAGCAAACUAGAAUUACAGAAUUCGUGGAAGCAGCAAUAUUCCAAGCAGCAGAAAGGGGGCUUGUUGAGUUUCUUACUACUGUAUUCCGUGAAAAUCCACAUUUGGCGAAAGUCAAAAACAAAGAAGGCAGGAACCUAUUUCAAGUAGCUGUCCAGUGUCGUCAAGCAAAAGUUUUUGAUCUUAUACAUGGGCUCAACAAAGACAACAGAAAAAAUAUAAUGAGUAAUAAAGAUCAUGAUGGAAACAAUAUGCUACAUAUGAUGGGGCUUUCCUCCCCAUUUGCAAGAACAAACCGUAUACGUGGGGCGGCUUUGCAAAUGCAAAAAGAACUACAAUGGUUCAAGGAGUUGGAGAGGAUGGCUAGUCCGGAGGAUCUUGAAGCUGAAAAUCAUACUCUUGAUAUGAGUCCGCGUGAGUUUUUCUCCAAGAACCAUACAGAGUUGGUGAAGGAAGGUGAAAGAUCUAUGAAAGAAACAGCAACAGCUUGUACAGUUGCAUGUGCUCUCAUUGUUACCAUGAUGUUUGCUGCAGCAUUCACACUUCCUGGUGGAAAUGAUGAUAAUACUGGUUAUCCCAAAUUCCAACUGGAAAGGGCAUUCAAAGUUUUUAUAAUUUCCGACGCUAUAUCACUCUUUACUUCCGCUACUUCAGUAAUGUUGUUUUUGGGAAUUCUUACGUCACGUUAUGCAGAAGAUGAUUUUCUGAAAGUUUUGCCCCGAAAAAUGAUAUUGGGCCUCUUGACCCUUUUUCUCUCCGUAGCCGCCAUGAUGAUUGCGUUUGCCUCUGCCCUUUUCCUAAUUUUGCCGGAUGAAGAAUGGAUCGCUGAACCGAUUACUUUACUUACCGGUAUCCCAAUCGCCUCAUUUAUGUGGAUGCAAUUCCCAUUUCUCAUUGAGAUCUUUCUCUCUACUUUUAUACUAAGAAUAUUCAACAAGAAUACAAAUGUGAAAGUAAACUUUGCGAAAGUUAGAUUUGUCUAGGCUUCUUUGAUAUGUUUGUAUUUGGAUCUGCUAUCACAAAGUUUGUAAGAUAAAGACGUUGUGCUUGUUUGAUGCUGUAAUAAAAUCCCAACUCCAAUUCGUAUU